AUGCUCAAGUGGGCCGAAGUGAAGGAGCGGACUGAUGUCUACACGUGGAAGGGAACAACAGGAUGGGGGAACCAUGAUCUGUAUCCUAUUCCCGCAAAGGAGCACACGUAUGGCCUUACGGCUUAUGCGUUUUUCUGGGCCCAGGCUGGAACCUCCCUUCUCUCGUAUACCAUGGGUAGUUCUUACGUCGCCAUAGGACUAAGUGCCGCCGAAACCAUUGUAGCUUGUAUACUUGGAGCUAUCAUUUCCGUCUUUAUUGGCGCUUUUACUGCUCGAACUGGCCAGGACUAUUCUAUCGGUUAUACUGUUCUUAACAGAUCGUGCUUCAGAAUGAGAGGAACAUACCUUACCCUCGUAUCAGGAAUCCAAGCUUAUUAUGGGGGUCAAGCUGUAGCCCUUAUGCUGCGUGCCAUUUUCCCCUCCUUCAAAAACAUGGCAAACACAUUACCAGCCUCAGCUGCGAUCACGACCCAGAAUUUGAUUGGCUUCUUGGUAUGCAUGGCUUCCUAUCUACCAGUCUUCUGCUUUAUCAAACCCCAUAACCUAAGAUGGGGAUUAUAUUCCGCAUAUAUCGCCGUCUUCAGUACUUUUAUUGGCAUCCUCAUCUGGGCACUUGUCUCAAAUGGUGGCACUGGGAAUCUUAUAAGCUCUAGUAUUCCAAUCACCAAAUCCGAGAAGGCUUUCCGCUUCAUCCAAUGUGUUUCAUCCAUCAGUGGUAAUUGGGGCAGUUGUUCUGAUCGCUAUGCCGACUGUACCCGCUUCGAGAAGAAGCGACAUACGUCUGUUGUGGGUGUACUUGCCCUACCUGUUGUUAUAUGUCUCAGUGUUACUUUCGGUGCGCUUACUACGACUGCUACAUCUCACAUGUAUGGGACAGUUCAAUGGAAUCCUAUCUUGCUUCUCUCGAGCUUACAGGACCAUUCGUACACUCCAGCUUGCAGAGCUGGAACUUUCUUCGUUGGCUUUGCGCUCUGGCUCUCUCAAACCUUCCUCAACCUGUCCCUGAAUACGGUUCCAUUCGGUAUGGACCUCGCAGCAGCCUUCUACAGAUACCUCACAAACAGACGUGCGGGUAUAAUACUGAUUAUAAUCACCUUGAUUAUGCAACCAUGGAGGUUUCUAAGUCAGGCUCUCAUCUUCCUCACGAUUAUGAACUGUAUCACUGUCUACUUUGCAGCAGCUACAGCAAUCCUCAUCUCAGACUUCUGGAUCAUCCGCAAGAAGAUGCUCAAGCUGCCUGAUUUGUACACUAGAGACGGCAUCUACUGGUUCACCGGAGGCUGGAACUUGAGGGCCAUUGCUGCACUUACCAUUGGAAUGCUACCUUCAAUGCCGGGCUUCUUUGAGUCUUGCAUUAGCUCCACUGUAGAUGGCCCAGCAGUGAGGAUAUUCGAGAUUACUUGGUUCGUGAGCGCGCCACUUACGCUCAUCGCAUACAUGGCUCUUAGCAAGAUCUGGCCGGUUGAGGGACGUGGUAUCAAGGAGCUUCUUCCGCAAGGGGAUGAGCCGAUCACAGUCAUUGAAGCUUCUAAAGGGUCUAGCUCUGAUGAGAAGAUACCUUCAGGUACAGUAGCAGAGAAGGACUUGGAACAAUAA